AUGGCACCGAAGAAGACGCGAGUCAAGAAGGCGCAAACCAAGAAGAAGGCAGCCAAAAGAAUACAACCCAAAGAGAUACUGUCACCGGAAACCCCACCUGCGGAUGGCAGUUCUCCAUUUACCAGACUCCCUCUGGAGGUACACAUGGUCAUCGGUGACACAUUGAAAGCGGACAUGCAGCUUGGUGCGCUGGCCAAAUUAGCCAGGACAUCGCGGCGUCUCUGCUCUUUCUACGAGCAGCAAAUCUACAAAGGUAGAGGCAACAGCAACAACAUCGUUGCUCUGAUGUGGGGAACGAGACAUAACUCUGUCACUGUCAUGCAGAGCGCCCAACAGUGGGGCGCAAACCUCGAUGUUCAGGCUUACCACCUGAACAGAAUGGGAAGCAGGAGAACCCAUGGACUGCAUGGUAGCGGAACGGCACUCCAAUUAGCCAUUAGGGAUCAAAACAACGCAUCCAUGUGCUGGUUGCUCGACGAGCACGCUCGUGUGGAUAUACCUGGGAAGCCGGCUCAGGGCAUGUGCCAGUGCACCAGCCAGUCCAGAUCUCACGCCUCCAGUCUCCACCUUGCUUUCUGCAAUGGAAACCUACUUGCCGCCACGACCCUUCUCCGACGCGAACCGGUAGCGUCGGUGCGGUACUCACUAGAGGUUGAUACACGAUCCAUUCUCAAUACGGCAGUCAAGGCGGUUCUCAGUGGCUAUUCGGUCAGCUUUUUGGCUGUGGCACUCGAAAACCCUGCAAUUUGCAAGUCAAUCAAUUCAUUUCAGGGAGUGGACCAUCGUACACCCAUCAAAGUGGCUCUGUCACCUAACCACGUGGGUCGUCAUCACUUAGAGCUGAUCCUUGAUGCCCUGGUUAAGGCAGGUGCAAGUUUGGGGCCGUACCCUCAUGGCUCAGAUGUGGAGGGAGAUUAUUCACCACUAUGGUCAUCACUCUACAGAGAUGACAGAGAGGCAGCCACAUAUCUGCUGCGGCUCGGCUGCGACCCCAACGGUAACCGACCUCAUCCGAUUACUCCAAGGUGGCGGAGCCCGUUGCACUGGUACAUUGGCCAUGAAUCACAUGAUAGAUGGUACACGCCUCGUUGGCAGCAGGAGCAUGUGGCUUAUGAGUGGAUGCGUCGACGCAGAUUGUCUAUCAGAGAUUUCAUUGGUGUUCUUCUCGAGCACGGGGCGUCGCUGGACAUCACGGAUUUGGCUGGAAACUCUCCACUCGAUUAUGCCGUCAGCUACAUGGACAGAUUUGUUGAACCAAAGCGCCGAGUUGCAGGCUUCAAGCUUGUCAAGCUCUUGCUUGCCAAAGUCAAAGCCGAGGGCAUCUCCAAAGAGUCCAGGAGAAGGGCUGACGACGUCAUAGCGACACUAGUUCAGGACUUGAGGGCUGAGCAUGCCACUCAUGAUCUGUCCGACGUUCGGGUGCGUGAACAUUCGGAAGAAGAUUGGGAUUAUGAUAGCUAUGGAGAGCAGCCACUGUCUUUGAGGAGAAUCUCAGAGCCCCUACCGGAUAAAGUCAGUUUCAGAAAAGAGCUCAAGAGAUUAUCAUUCGCUCUCAACAAGUCUGUGUAUCUGGAACUGCUGACUCGCAUUCGAGAUGGAGUGUCGAGCCUUGAGGCAUUGACCUCCCAGAACUGCGACCUGGAGCCCGAGAGGAACAAAGGAUCUAACGGAAGGUUAUAUCGUCUCAUGAAUUCCCUAUCAGGCGGUAUCUACCAGGCACUGUGUGCAGCAAUGAAUGCCUGCCAGUGCCCUACUUCCCACCUUCUGGGCCUGAAGCUAUCAACACCUUCCUACACCAGCGUCAUACCAGACGAUGAGGAUGAAGAUGUGGUCAGGAACUUGUCGAUGAAGCUUGCGAUAUCCGAUCAGGACACCACACACGGAAACAUCGAUCGACCAUGGUCUUCUUUCAUGGUCAAACCUUCCAGUCGACUUCCACAAUGUCGACUUUCCACUUGCCAGCAGCCGACUGCGUUUCUGGUAGCCGAGCGUCCAACAAAACGGGCCCAGAAAACCGUUGGCUUCUCCUUCUCAGAAAUGCCAGCAAUCAAGAGACAUGGCCUGCUGCCUCGCCACUCGUCCCGAAAGGUAGAGGUGACAGCAUCAUCGAGUUCCUCCACUCAAACUGUGACCCUUGAGGUUGUCAGCACGAAACCGGAAACGCCAAACGAAGACAUAAUAAUGGACCUUUGUGAAACCCUAAGACAGCUGCCCAGCCUACAAACAAGCAGUUGUUGCGGCCAUAUCGUCGGACCAUCGACAAUCAACGCUUCCGCAACGGAACGAUACGGUCUCUACGCAUUAGGGCAUCUCCGUCCCUCUGACAGCUACGGUCAAUGCUCCUUCAUAUCUCUCCAUGAGGUAUUGACCGAGCAACUUACUGCUCCUUCCCUUUUCUAUGACGAAGACAGACUACGACUUGCCUACACCCUGGCAUCCAGCGUCCUCCAACUGGCAGGAACCCCGUGGCUCACAACCAAGGUGACCACGAAAGACGUCUUCCUCAUCCGAUGUAAUGGCACGACACAUUUCCAGGAGGCCUUUGUCAUCAGACAACUUCCCGAAAUAUCGGAUUCGAUGCAACUCGAUGCCCAAUCACCACAAUGCCUCGCUGGCGGCGUGCACCCAAACCAGGGAAUGCUCUUUCUGGGCAUCAUCCUCAUUGAGAUCAUGCUCGGAACACCUUUUGACUGCUUCCGCGAGUGCCAUAUCAAACAGCAUGGUCCUUCGACGCUGGGAUCGUUUUUCUCCGAUUACGACACAGCAAUCACGCUGCUUGGCAGACUCGAGACGAAAGGCGGUCCAAACUACAAGCGGGCUGUUGAACGGUGCAUCAAGUGCAAGUUUCCUCAACCAAAGGCAAACAUUGACGGUGAUGAGUUCAGAAGACUCGUGUAUGGUCAUGUGGUAGCGCCGUUGGAGGAGGAUUUGAAGCAAUAUUCUCUGCCUGACCUGCUGUGAUGGCACAUGACGGCUGGGAAAUCACUAAGCAGGCUACUUG